AUGAGCGUCUCUGCACUGAGCUUCUUCAGACUCCAGGGCGGCAUCUUUGGGUUCCUCCAGCUGGCCUCCCUGCUCUGUCUGCUUCUGCUGCUGUUCAAGGCAGCCCAGUUCUACCUGCGCAGGCAAUGGCUGCUCAAAGCUACCCAGCAGUUCCCAUCCCCGCCCUCCCACUGGCUCUUUGGGCACAAGCAGACCCAAAUGGACCAGGAACUGCAACUGCUGCUGAAAUUGGUAGAGAAAUUCCCAAGUGCCUGUCCUCGCUGGGUAUGGGGAAGUAGGAUCUUCUUCAUGAUUUACGAUCCUGACUACAUGAAGAUGAUUCUGGGGAGAUCAGACCCCAAAACUAAAACUACUUCCAGAUUCCUGGCUCCCUGGAUUGGGUAUGGCUUGCUCCUGUUGAAUGGGCAGACGUGGUUCCAGCACCGCCGGAUGUUGACCCCAGCCUUCCACUAUGACAUCCUGAAGCCCUACCUGGGAAUCAUGGCUGACUCUGUCAGAGUGAUGCUGAACAAGUGGGAGAAGCUUACCAACGAGGACUCAUUUGAGAUCUCUCAAGACAUCUCUUUGAUGACUCUGGACUCCAUCAUGAAGUGCGCCUUCAGUUAUCAAGACAAUGUUCAGCUGGACAGGAAUUCCCAGGCCUACAUCAAGGCUAUUAGUGACCUGAGCUACUUGAUACCUUCUCGUGUGCGGAAUGCCUUUCAUCAGAAUGACAUCAUCUAUAGACUGACCUCUGCUGGUCGCUGGACCAACCAUGCCUGCCAGAUUGCCCAUAAGCACACAGACCAAGUGAUCAGGCAGAGGAAAGCUCAAUUGAAGGAUGAGGGAGAGCUGGAGAAGAUCAAGAAGAAGAGGCACUUGGAUUUCCUGGACAUCCUCCUGUUUGCCAAAAUGGAGAAUGGGAGCAGCCUGUCUGAUGAGGACCUUCGUGCCGAGGUGGACACCUUCAUGUUUGAGGGCCAUGACACCACAGCCAGYGGUAUCUCCUGGAUCUUCUAUGCUCUGGCCACACACCCUGAGCAUCAGCAGAAGUGCAGGGAGGAGGUCCAGAGCCUCCUGGGGGAUGGAGACUCCAUCACCUGGGAAAACCUGGACCAGAUGCCCUACACCACCAUGUGCAUCAAGGAGGCCCUGAGGAUCUAUCCACCAGUACCAACUAUGGGCAGAAAACUCAGCAAACCUAUCACCUUUCCUGAUGGACGUUCCUUACCCAAAGGUAUCUUUGUCACACUMUCCAUUUAUGGCCUUCAUCACAACCCGAAGGUGUGGCCAAACCCAGAGGAGUUUGACCCUUUCCGAUUUGCACCCGGUUCUACUCGACACAGCCAUUCAUUCCUGCCUUUUUCAGGGGGAUCUAGGAACUGCAUYGGGAAGCAAUUUGCCAUGAAUGAAAUGAAGGUGGCCGUGGCCCUUACCCUGCUUCGCUUUGAGCUGCUGCCGGAUUCCACCAAAGUCCCCUUCCCCGUGCAACGUAUUGUGUUAAAGUCCAAGAAUGGGUUCCACCUGCAUCUCAGGAAGCUCCACUAA